AUGCGUCAUUUAAAUUUAGGUAGUGUAAAAGUUGCUGUGAUGCUUAAGAUUUUAUAUAACGAUAAUAGUCUUCAUGAUGCUCUUAAUUUCGACCUUAUUCGUACUAUGGCAUACCAUACUGCAUGUACUCUUGCAUCUUUUGAUCUCACAACUGUAAGUGAUAGUUAA